AUGGGCAACAAAUCAUCUCUAUUGUUGCGUGAGGAAGAAAUCGCUCAAAUUCAAGAGGAAACUGGGUUCACACCAAACCAAAUUGAAAGGCUGUAUUCUCGAUUCACAUCACUAGACAAGAAUGACUGCGGCACACUAUCCCGGGAGGAUUUCCUAAGGAUACCGGAGUUAGCUAUCAACCCACUAAGCGAGCGUAUUGUCCACUCUUUCUUUGCGGAGAGCCAUGAUGACAGAGUGAACUUCUUACAGUUCAUGAGAGUGCUCGCACACUUCAGGCCCAUCAGGAAAAACAGAGAGAACAAGCUAAAUAGUAGAGAUGAGAAAUUGAGAUUUGCAUUUUCAAUGUAUGACUUGGACAACGAUGGUAAAAUCUCAAGAGAUGAAUUGUUGGCCAUACUACACAUGAUGGUUGGAGCUAAUAUCAGUGAAGAACAAUUGACCAGCAUUGCGGAACGCACAAUCUUGGAAGCGGACACCAACAAUGACCAGAUGAUAUGCUUUGAGGAGUUCUGUCAUGCUUUGGAACGGACAGAUGUGGAACAGAAGAUGUCCAUCCGUUUCCUCAACUGA